AAAAAACAAUGGACUCUUGGCAAGAGAUACUGCGUAUGGUCGUGCGCCAGAACAGGACUUUCAGCCUCUACGAUCGCGAGAGGAACGAGUUCAAAAUCAUGGAUUACUUCGUCAACAAUAGCGUCCUGAAGGACCAGCUCGUGUCCUGGCUGCUCUCGUUCAAGCACAUGCAGCUGUUCCCGUUCAAGAAGAGCAACGACAAGAGCCAGGAGUACAGGCGAAAAGGUAACAGCGACUUCCAAGCGAAGAAUUAUCAAUGCUGCCUCGAAGCUUACGGACUGAGCUUGCAGUACGCCUCGUGGGACAGCGAGGAUUUCGCCUUGGCUCUGGCCAACAGAUCCGCUGCUCUGUUCUAUAUGGGGAAAUACAAGGCCUGCAUCCAAGACAUCGAGCUGGCCCUCGAGUGCAAUUAUCCCGCGGCGAUGAUGUACAAAUUGUAUCUUCGGGCCGCGCAGUGCUACUCCAAGCUGCAGAAGAAAAUCGAAAUGAACGAGGCUGUCGUCAAGCUGAGGGAGUGCAUCAGCAAGCAGUCGAGCGAGAGCUUGACGAGCUCCAAGAUCGCCGACAUUGAGAAACAAAUUGAGUUCCUUACGGCUAGUACGGUAAUAGACAUGACCGGAAAAAAAGACGCUACUAGUCCUGUCAAUGCCUGUGUGUCACCUGCUUCCGAUCAUAUUAUUUUCGAGGAAAACUCCGAAUUUCUAAGUGCUUCGAAAAAUUUGAGCAUCAAGUUUUCAGUUGAAAAGGGACGUUACGUCGUCGCUAAUCAAGAUAUCAAAAAGGGUGAUACAUUGUUCUAUGAGAAGCCUUUUGCUUUUGUUUUGUUAGAUAAUGGAGAGAGCGAUGCUGUGUGUGCUAAUUGUUGCAAUGAUAAAGGUGAUAUACCAAUACCAUGUAAGUUUUGUGCUUGUACAAUAUAUUGCAGUAAACAAUGUAUGGAGGAAGCCUGGUCUACUUACCAUUGUUAUGAAUGUUUUGGUCAUCAGAUUGAUUUGUGGAAUCAAAUAGGAAUCGCUCAUUUGACUGUGAGAACUUUUUUAAAGUGUUGUGCUGAAAGUGACAUGAAUAAGUUUAAUACCAUUCAUCAUCUAGUUACAAACAUUGAUAAAAUAGGCACAAAUGAUAUGUACGUUUAUGGAGUUUCUGCUCUCAUGAUGACCUUGUAUUUAAAAACUUAUACAGAUUUUUUUCAAACUGUUGAUGUCCACGAAAAUCUUUUCAAAAAGUUUGAUAACAAAGAGCUCAAUAUGAUUAGUUUAUUAGAUUUAGAAUUUGAUAAUUGGACUGAUGGUAACAAAGAACAUUAUGUCAGUGGGUUGAUUUUGAGGCACAUGAUGCAACUCAUUUGUAAUGGGCAUGCGAUUACAAAAUUAUCUUUAGAAAAAUCAGAACUCGAAAGCAUUGCAGCCGAGUAUCAAUGCAGAGUAGCCACCGCCAUUUAUCCUUCUGCAAGUAUGAUGAAUCAUUCUUGUAAACCAAAUAUUAUUAAUAGUUUUAAAGGACAAUACUUAAUUGUUAAAGCUACGGAAGAUAUUGCAAGUGAAGAAGAAGUUCUUAAUUGUUAUGGACCUCACUACAGAAGAAUGGCCUUAGAAGAUAGACAAACAUCGUUAAAAAAUCAGUACUGUUUUACAUGCGAGUGUAAAGCUUGCACUGAUCGUGCCUUGCAAAACUUUGCAGAUAAAUAUAAAAAGUUGAAUUGCAAAGAAUGUUUUGGUGCUGUUAAAGUCGUUAACGGUCUCACGGCCACUUGCCUUAGCUGUGAUACAACCUAUGAAUUACAAGAAAACACUUUGUACGAAAUUGAAGAAUCAAAAAGACUUUUUGCUAAAACUCAAGAUUUGUUGCGUUUAAAUAAGACACUCGAUGCUUUGGAGACUGCUAAACAAUGCCUUGAAGUUAGAACAAAAAUUUUUUACAAGCAUCAUGAAACUAUUGCCAUUACUCACGAUCUUAUUGGUAAAAUAUUAGCGACUAUGGGUCGUUGGCUUGAGGCUGUCAUACAACUAGAGUACAGCUUAACUUCGAUCGAAGAACGGUACGGUUCCGAUAGUAUCGAAUUUGCCAAUGAACUUAAUAAAUUAACCGAUAUUUGCAUUCGAUAUCUCGACGAAGAGGAAAAUAUCAAUACAAAACAGUAUAAAAAUAUUUUGAAAAAAACCCGUCGCUAUCUACGCCAGGCCGAAGAAAUUUUGAGGCUCAAUUAUGGACCGUGGAACAAUUCGUGUCGGCAGAUAACCGAGAAAGUCAGCUUGAUUGAGCCCCUCUUUGAAAAUUUGCACCUUUAAGAACAAAGAUUU